CAUGACGGGGCGGGCCCUGCCCGAGCGCGGCGCCGCCGCCUGGUCGCUCGCCGCCGCCUCCCCCGCGCUGGCCGGCGCUGCCGGCGGUGGGGCCCGCCAUGGGGCUGUGCCUGCCCUGCAUGGGGGGCGCCGUCAAGGACGUGGUGGAGACGCCCGACCCGGAAAUAAAGAGGAGACAGCUGGCAGAAGCUGCUGAAAAGAGGCAGAUGGAGGCUUCCUCUCGAGGUAUUAAGAACGCUUACUCUGUAGAGCAAAAGAAAAAGAAACAGGAAGAAAUGGAAAAAAGAAUUGCGGCUUCGGGUUCUGGAGGAGAAGGAGGACUGAGAUGGCAGGUUGGAUAAUGAAGUACAACUGCCCACAAGAAGGUUGAUGUUUACUGCCAAUAACUUGCCAGUUUCUGCGGCUGAGUGGCACUUACUCAUCAUGUGGCUUUGCUGUUUGCAUAUGAAGACUCAGCAGUACUUUGCCAUCGUCAGAGAACAGACGUGGAAACGUACACUAAGAAACUUAAGAACUAACUCUGAACCCUAGGUUUUGGCCAAUUUUUUUGUUUGUUUUAUGUGCAUGUUUGAUUCUUUCUCUGUCACGGGAGGGAGAUGGGUUUUCUUACAUGAAAGCAGCCUCCUUACCUGCAGUCUGACAGUAGGCGUAUGAUGUCUGGUCAGUUGAUGUAUGUAUGUCUGUGUGACUGGUUUAAGCGCAGCUCAGGUGCCCAUGUGUUGGUUUUGACGCUUACUUCAAGCUCUACAAUUAAACUUUUCUCUUAAGUCCUCAUGUAGAAAAUUGUUCGUAAAUAUAUAUAUUUGAAUAUGUCAGUGACAGUAUUUCUCUUGGGUUUCCUAAUGACUUGUCAACUGCUUAGGGAUUUAGUGCCUUUUUCAUGAAAGAAAGUGGAUUCAUGGUGGUUCCUUACAAAUGGAAGCAUUUUGUGUCACCAGUUAAAAAAACAGAAACCUUUAUAAACCCUGUAUGCCUAUAGCAAGAAAGUUGUUUUAUUAUGAGUCUAAUAACUGUUCUCCUUGUUUUCUGAUGUGGAUUUAUUUCGAGUUUAAAUAUUUAUAAUGAAUACUGCAAGUUAAACAUUAAAUUAUAAAUAUUGUUACUAGUUGUUCUCCUUUAUUACCACAAGAGGGCAAUGCUGCACUUCUCAGGAUUUUGAAAAGCAAAAGGCUUACACUGUGUCUUGUCUUGGACAGUUUGUUUCCUAAACUUGCUGUACGUUAUAGAUGGGUUUCUUACGGGGUGGUAACGCUUGCUCAGUGCCAAAAGCUCUGUCACUUUUAUUCUGUAUUCAGCAAUGUCUGUAGUCCCUUUGCCAAAGGUGAAGCUGCCUUUGAUUAUUUAGAGCUAUUUAAACUGUGGUGUUAAAACCAGGCUUUUGAGCUAGUGGUCCCCAGCCACUGCUUUGAUAGAGGAGGGAAGUCUGUUGCAGCAUGAUCAAUAUUAAGAAUCUAGCUCUUAUUUUCCCUAGAGACCAGUAGGCUUGUCCUUAGUAUCUUACUGACCCCAUUUUUGACCUGGUUUA